UGGCUAUGGCGGCCUCCUGGGGGUGCAAAAGAGUGUCAGCAGCGCCGACGAUGUGCUCUUUCUUGAUGCUGGCGUUUGUCUGUGCGCUCUCGGCGAUACCUAUGGCAGCAGCGUACGGGUUGGACGAUUUUUUGGCGGCUAUCCAUGAUCACAAUGUGUCCUAUCAUGAGGUGAAAGGGGACGUGGUCCUCAACGCCUCCCUCCCAAUUAUGGCCUUCGGCAGAAGCUUCACGCUGGUGGGCAAAGCGCAAGGUGGCAGACGUCCAGUGAUUGACGGAGCGUUUAAGGAGGGUGGAUUGAUCCCUCUCGGUCUGACUUUGAGGAACUUAGAGUUCAGGAACUUCAACGGAACGGAACCUAUUUUCACUUUGUUGGGUCACGACGUCGACAUUCAAGACUGCGUUUUUCGCGGGAAUCGGGUGAGCGGAGGUUUCGGCUCGGCGGUCUUUGUUUUGGGCGGGAACCUGAGGAUCUCCCGCUCUUCCUUCCUCGGAAAUCAGGCGGCGGGGCAAGGUAACGGAGGCUUCGGCGGCGCAGUCUACUCGCAGUCGGCCGGGAGCGUGCUGAUCGAGAGCACUGUCUUUCGCAACAACCAGCUGACGCGAGCGGGAGGCUUGGGAGAGGGUGGUGCGAUAUCUCUUUCCUUUGCUACUGUUUACACGAUCACCAAUUCUACAUUUGACGGUAAUCGGGUUGAUGGCAUCGGGGGCGCGAUAGCUUCUACCGGCAGCCGCCGGGGGGAGAUCCUGCGCUCGAGCUUCUUGCGCAACUCCGCCUACUCGACGGAAGCAAGACAAGAGCGAUACGCAACGGGCGGGGCCAUCAAUAUAUACGGUGACAACGUCACUGUCAUCACCGGAUGCUCGUUUACAGGUAACAAGGCGGCGGGCAGGCGAGGAGGAGCCGUGUCUCUGUCGAUGUACCAGGCGGAGGCCACCAUCUCCGGCUCCAAGUUUGAGCAGAACGCCGCUGGGAGAUACGGUGGGGCUGUGGAUGUGCGACUCGUGACGGGUUACUUCACCGAGGGCAAACGUGGAGUUACGCUGUUUGACGGCGGGCCACCGAGGAGUAGACUGAGCUUCUGCAGAGGGAACACGUACUCGAGGAACGUGGCGGGGACUUCAGGCUCGGCGAACGUGUACGUCAACAUGCGCAACAGCUCAGUGAGUGCAGUGUCCUUCUGUCCGAGCGAGCCUCCUCUUACUCUGAUAGAAGCGGAGACUGGCACAGUCACCAUCUCCUGCGCAUUCUGCUGAACGCGCGGUGGAAGGACCACUUGCGUGGAUUGCUCCCCUCUGGCCGUCUGUCAUCGUACUCCACGGUCAGAUACAAACGAUCCAUGCAAUUGCGGCCUCGCUCGAGAUGGAAGUCGGCGAGUCCGGGGACAAUUUCCACUAAACAGCUCGGGCCGAGCGAGCUCACUGGACGACGGAGAUAUGCGGUCGGUGUGUGUGAGAGAAGGGAAGUCGCCUGACUUCGAACACUUCUACGAUAAAUAGAAAGGAAAUGU